CAAUAUUAAGGACGCAGUCGCGGUAGAUUUUCCCUUGUCAUAUUUUCUAUCCGCAGUAGCAGCGUCAAAGGUUUCCCAUCCCCGACUGCUUGAUUCUCCGAUCACUCCCAAUUUUACGAUGUCAGAAGCCCCAUUCAGACCACGCGAGCAACUGGCGGAGAAGCAGAAGCUUUUCCAAAGCAUCCACAAGCACACAUAUCUCAAGGGCCCAUUUGAUAAGAUCACAUCUGUGGCCAUUCCAGCUGCUUUAGCUGCUACUUCUUUGUUUCUUAUUGGACGAGGUAUCUACAACAUGUCACAUGGGAUUGGGAAGAAAGAAUGAGGCAGCAUUGACAAAUGACGACAUAGCUGGAAAUCGGAGUUCCAAAAUACAAGUUCUUCCAGACUAGAGAGUGUUUGUUUUUCUGAUUGCUUCCUAUAAUAAUUGCUUAGUAGCAGAUUCUUUGCCACCAACGAAAGUUGGAUUUUUUUUUAUUUAAAUUUUAAAAUUACUGUUAAAGUUAUGUUUGGUUAUAAAUACUGCAUUUUGAUGCAACAUGGUUGAACAUUGGUUGUGAUUCUCAACAUGCUUCCUGUAUUUUACUGGACAAGGAUUACGGCAACUCUGUAUGUCCUAGUACCUGACCCGGUUCUUUAAUCUGAAUGGGAUGUAUGUCUAGUUACUUGCUUA